CCCAAACUCACUCCUCUCCUCCCCCCGAUUGUUCCUGCAUCUUCACCCUUCAUCAACUUUAUUCCUUCUCUCAUUCACACCUUGUACCCGUCACCUCUUACUACCUGGGUACUUUUAGAUUUGCCUUUUACUCCUCUCUCACACCUUGCCUACGCCCAUUGCACAACGUGUCUGACCUCCCCGCAAACCCUUCUCACCAGCACCGCCCUUUUCCAAGGUCAUGAAUGCUUCCCAUGAUCCUCAGUCCUGCCGCGUCCGGCCCCUCCUCGCUUUCGAAGAUAUCCGCGACUCAGAUUCUCCUGCUGCUUGAUACCAUCAGUGAAAGAGAGGGAAAGGCAAAGUGGGACUCCAAGAGGGAGAAGAUACAGCGACUGCUCGAUUCCAACGGCAUGGAGGUCUUCGCCCAGUUCUUCAGGCGAACCAUCACCCUAAACACCGCCGCCAUCUUUCAGGGUGCGAAAGACUUCGAUCAGGGAAGCUACAAGUUACUGCGUGAAGAGUUGGACAAGGUCGCCUCGGAUCCAGAACAGCCAUCCAAGAUUGCCGAGGCCAUUGACACCUCCAAGGAAGAUUCGUUCCGCGACUUUGACCUUGUUACCUUCAUCCAACACUUCUUCGCUGAUACCCUUCCUCAAGUCAUUCUCGCCAUUGCCUUCACAAAAUGCGCUCGAGUCGAUCUGAGGACAAAAGCGGAAAAUUUCCUCGCCGAAUUUGCUCACAGCUCCCUGCGCUCUUUGACAGAUAGGCGUGGUGGGCCUGCACAGACGUUUGCUGUCGAGAACAUCUGCUCUGUGAUCGAAUAUUUUGCCCUAGCCGCCGCAAUGAGCACCCAGCAGCAGAAGGAUGAUCUCUGGCGUGCAGUAAUUAGCCGAUACACUGGGACUAAACCUGAACAAUUCUAUGGGGCCUACCAGCUCCUACGCCUUUCAGCUGAAUCUCGAGAUAUCGCCCGCGGUCUGCAACGGCAUGGUCCUAAGGUGGUCGCGUCAGAACAAGCCGCGCGAGAUUUUCUCGCGUCGUUACCGGCAAGCAGUGUCACAGAGGCAGAAGUGGCCAACGCACUCCUAUUCCUGGUCUUCUCCAUCAACCAACAAUAUGACAUGUCAAAUUUAGUGGAGGCUGUCCGGGCAAAACAGCUGGACUGGAACCUGGUCAUCCAAGGCUUUGAUAUUCCAGGUCUUCGAGUGCGGAGGAACGAUUUUCCAAGAUUAUACAGAUCCUUGCUGCAUGUCGCGCAGGAAGAUCCCCAAUUUGACGUCCAAAAACUCUGGGGAGGGAGAUGGCAGAAUCCAGACACACAAAUUUCCUUCCUCGGCGGAUUUCUCACUUCCCCAUCCACAGACAUCCAACCAACAAUACCCCGUCUUCGCGAGACUUUGCCCGCAGAAGACCUGAACAAUCUCUCUCCCGAAAUGACCAGAUUGAUUAGUCCUGAGCUCGAUGGCCCAUAUGGAUCCGCCGAUGCUUGCCAGGCUAUUUUUGAAGUCGUUUUAGGACCUGGUACGGGGACGGAUGGAGAAGAUCGACUUGACAUAUUGCAGGAUGUAUACCACAAUCAUCCGGCUAUCUUCCUCCUAUUCCUGGCUAGGACGAACGCAAAAUCGUGGGUGCCAGACCAGGAAAAAUUCAUUGCCGAGUGCUUCAGCUUGUUCCUCGAGAAGCAACGGCCCGACUAUCGGCCUGUGCUGGAAACACUCGCGUCUCAGUAUCCUCAGUACCUAUUCGAACUCUGCCACAUUGUCUUUUCGCUUGAUCCUCGACAAACAGAAGUUAUAUAUGAACGCGCUCAAGAAUUCGGGUGGACUGAAGAAUUCCUCAAACAUUGGUCAAAUCCUCUAGCACUUGACAUAGCCUGCAUGCGGGACAAGAUCGAUUCAGCCUUUGAUCUGGAUCGUUAUCUCUCUGAAGCCGCUGACGGGCAGACAAACUUGGGCAUGAUUCUUUGCAAAUACCUCCGGAUCAAGGCAGAUGACGAAUUCCGCGUCCAGCGCGGCGAAACCACUCCACAGUCCAUUCCGCUCACGCUUCGAAGUGUACAUACGCUCCUGGAGAAGCUUGAAGACCAUCUGGACAAUCGCGAGCUGGUUGAGGCAGCGCAGACUACAUGCUUGCAGACUUAUCCGCGGUUAAUGAAUUAUGGGGCCGGAUUCGACGACAUAUUGGAGAAAAGCAGUGAAGAGAAAGGCAACAAACUUUCCGAGGUCAUUGACAAGCAAAUGUCGGAACUGUUUGGCCGCAUGUAUCGAUCGGAGUUGUCAAUCCGUGACAUGGUAAACGAAAUGCGAAAGUUCAAGACUUCUCGAGAUCCAGAUCAACAGGAUCUCUUCUGCUGCAUCGUCCACGGAUUAUUUGACGAGUACGUUUGCUACAACGAGUAUCCGGAAGAUGCGCUCGAGAAGACGGCCCUUCUGUUUGGCAGCAUCAUCAAGUACAAAUUGCUCCCCUCGAUCCCUCGAGACUUUGGCCUUGCUCUCAUACUCCGAGCUGUCCGCGAUCACGAACCUGAUAGCCUAAUGCACCGCUUUGGCAUCGAAGCAUUACUCCAGAUCAGCGAUCAGCUCUCUGAAUGGCCUGGACUUUGCAGUCUGCUGCUGCAGGAGCCUUCGCUUCAACAUCCAGAAAUCUUGCAACGAGCUGAAGAAGGACUUCGUGCACAGCAAGCCGCUGGAAAUGGUCUCGGUGCAAAUGGCGUAUCAGGUGCACACACCACGAAUGGGGACGACUUUGUUACGCUGGACGCAGGCCGUGGCUUUCGAGCUUUGCGUGCUGAUCCUCCUCCAUCUUCCGCCCAUUUUCGAGACCCAGAUCAGAAAAUCCAAGAGAAAAUCUUGUUUGUCAUUAACAACCUCUCCAAAGACAAUAUGGCCAGCAAGUUGGUCGACCUGAAAGAGUCCUUCACCCCUGAACACUAUCAGUGGUUCGCAUCGUACCUAGUGGAACAACGUGCCAGGUUAGAGCCGAAUAACCAGGAGAUGUACUUCCAGUUUGUCAAUAUGCUCGAUGACAAUUUGCUCAUGUCAGAGGUUAUACGGGAGACCUAUGUCAGCAUCGUCAAGGUCAUGAGCGCCGACUCAACAAUCAAUUCUGCGAUGGAAAGGAGUCACUUAAAGAAUCUUGGAGGUUGGCUCGGAUCUCUCACUCUCGCGCAGGAUAAACCCAUUAAGCACCGAAACAUCUAUUUCGUCGAUCUCCUCGUGGAAGGGUACGAGACUCAGAGGCUGAUUCUGGUAAUACCAUUCACGUGCAAAGUCCUGGCUCAGAGCGCCAACUCGAUGGUCUUUCUGCCACCAAAUCCCUGGUUGAUGGAAAUAGUGGGAGUCCUCUUGGAACUGUACCAUUUUGCGGAGCUCAAAUUGAACCUGAAGUUCGAGAUCGAGGUGCUUUGCAAAGAUCUUAAGCUCGACUUCAAGAAGCUCGAACCUGCUACGGUCAUUCGAGACCGGCCGCAGACAGAAGAUGAUGUGGCAAACAUACCUGCACUCCCGGACGGCCUGGAAACCUUUGACGACAUGUCUUUGAAUGGCGCCAUAAACCGGGCUGUCCGCGAACGUCUUUCCGCCCCCGAGAUCAUGGCCACUCUUCCAAAUCUAGAGGACGUGCUCAAGUAUCCUCCCACAUCUGGCUCCCCCGCAGAUCAAGCAAUGGUGAAGAGCAUCAUCUACCGCGCUUUCGACCAAGCCAUCCAGGAAAUUAUCGCACCUGUUGUCGAACGAUCGAUCACAAUAGCAUCUAUCUCUACGGCCCAGCUUGUCUCAAAGGACUACGCGCUUGAGCCGGAUCCAGAAAAGUACCGCACAGCCGCUAGGCAAAUGGUCAAGUCACUUGCUGGCAGUCUGGCUCUCGUCACGUGCAAAGAGCCGCUUCGGAUGAGCAUCUCUAAUUAUAUUCGCCGUCCUGCACAGGACGAUUUGCCAGAGCAUCUUUUGCCUGAAGGAGCCAUCCUGAUGUGCGUCAAUGACAAUUUGGACACUGCUUGUUCCUUUGUCGAACAGGCAGCCGAGCAGCGCGCUGUUUCAGAAAUCGACCAGGUCAUUGAAGCUGAUUUGGAAGAACGCCGCCGGUUCCUUGCUGAAGGAGGAAACCGGGAUUUCAUUCCCCAAGGAAUCAAUCGGUGGGCAGCGUGGAUCCCUGAGCCCUACAAGCAAAACGUCGGCGGUCUCAAUGAGGCACAACGGGCUGUCUACGAAGAGUUCGACCGUAGAGUGCAUGGAAUGAACGCCGGCCAUAUUCCCAAUGCCUCCGCCGACACUACUGGGCGUCAAAUCCCCGAUGUAUUGCAAGAUACUCUUACGAUGCCAAACUUGUCCACACCUGCUGAUCAGCCUGCAAUUCCUCACCAGAGUCCAUUGGUCCAGCAAGAAAGUCGAAUGCUAUCUGCAAUGCAGCCACGGGUCAACGGCUUCCCCGAGACACUACCGCCUCAUGAUAGAAUCACCAUGCUCAUCGAAGACAUACAAAAGGCAGCUAGGGCGUCUGAAGCGACACGUCUGAAAGAUCUAGAGAAGAACAGCUCAAUCUUCCAGGAUUUUCGCCAAAUCCUGAUUGUGCUCACCUCGUCUACGCGCCCAGCAGCUGACCUUCUGGCCCGGCAGAUCGCAGAGAAGAUUUGCCACAUUUUUGUCACGAAGCCGCCAGAAGGACCGCUCGAGGCCGAGGUCUUAGCUUUCUUGCUUUCCAAACUAUGUCAGCUUUCCGACCUCAUUGUGCGGGAUGUUCUCAGGUGGAUGACAGCCAAUGAAGAUUUGCUACUGGCUAGCUCUAACGUUGUGGUGGCGCUGAUCACGGCAGGCUUAAUGGAAUUCGCUCGGGUCGAUGUUGCGAUUGCUUCAGUCAUCAUGAGUCAAAACGUCCAUGGGUUGCAUGUCCUCGCUGAGAUCAUGGAUCAGACCCUCUUCACCGAUGAACCCACGGCGCUGCGAGCGGACUUUGCACAUAGCCUCGUUGCGAUGGCCGCUUGGGUCAAGGAGAAAUCGGAUCUUCCAGUUGUUCCAGAAAUCAACGCAAAGUUGAAGGCUCACGGCAUGCCCGAAUUUGUCAGUGUCGAGAUCACAGACAAAGCCAAAGCGAAGCAGGAUCAAAUGCGCUACGUGUUCGACGAAUGGGUCGGUAUCUUCGAAAGCAUUGGUCCAAAUGAAAGCACCUGCGCAGCAUUUCUGAAAGAGCUCCACAAGGAGCAGACGAUCAACAGCACGGAGGAUCUUGCUGAAUUUUUGCGACUGUGCAUCGACUCGUGCAUCGAAUGCUACGACCGAGAAGCCCAGAGCCCCAGAGGCAGCGUUGACGUCGCUUUCUCGCACGCAGAUGCGCUUGGUCGACUAGUGAUCAUGCUGGUCAAAUUUCAGGGAGACACCAAUGGUGCAGUCCGGCUCAGCAAGGCACCCUACCUUGAGACUAUUUUGACGAUGCUCGUGCUGAUAUUGAAUCACCACCAAAUCAUGCGCGGAGUGGCCUUCCAUCAGAGACUCUUCACCAGACUGUUUUCCAAUAUGCUCUACGAGUACUCGGCAGCUCGAUUGGACACGACUGCCGACCAUAACGAUCUGAUGUUUGCCUUUGCCAAGUGCUUCAAAUCUCUGCAGCCAUCAUGGUUUCCCGGGUUUACAUACGGAUGGUACAGUCUGAUUGUGCAUCGGGUCUUCGUCGCUGGCAUGCUGAAGCCAAACAAUCAUGCGGGAUGGGACACUUACCGCGAGCUGAUUGGGUUGCUGCUCCUUUACAUCUCGGAGCUGUCACAGACGCCUGGUUUCGACCUUUUGAAUCUUGACCUGUACAAAGGCACACUGAGGAACAUUCUCAUUCUGCUCCACGACUAUCCCGAGUUCCUUUGUGAAAAUCACUCAUACUUUUGCUCGCGAAUAGCGUACGGGAUCCCGCAGCUGAGGAAUCUGAUACUCACAGCCAAGCCGUCGGCGUAUCACGAUCUCCCGGACCCCAUGACGCCCGGGUUGAAGAUUGAACGACUUGAGGAGAUGAAGAGACAUCCGAUUCUGGCACGAGACUUUGACACUCCCCUCCAACUGGCGGAGCUCAGAGAUGAUGUCCUGGGAGCGAUCCAAAAAUCGGGCGAGAUGGAUGGCGUGUUGAAGCAAAUCAAGGCCGCCCUCAUGGAGGGGCAGAAGGAGUCCACUGCUAUGGCUCCAGCCAAAAGCGUGGAAAUCAUGAACGCUCUCGUGCCAUUCGUCGGUUAUGACGCACUGAGCAAUUCUCCGGGAAGAUUCGACUCUAGUUCGGCACCUGUGACAUUUCUCACCAAGCUGGCCAUCAGCCUAGGUUAUGAGGGCCGCUACCAAUUCCUCAAUGCAAUUGCAGACCAGAUUCGCUACCCCAGCACCCACACUGACUUUUUCUGCAAGGUGAUGCUCCACCUCUGGGGGACAGGGAACGGCGACGAGCAACGGCGCGAAAUCAGGGAACAAAUAUCGCGGGUAGUAUACGAGCGACUCACGGUUGCGCGGCCCCACGUCUGGGGGAUGACUAUCCUGUUUCUCGAACUGCAGCAAAAUAACAGCUACGGCUUCUGGGAGAACCUGGCCCCAGACAGCGCCACACAACAACGCCUGCAACAGGCCAUGCGGACGGCCCACUAGCCCCAGGCAAGGGGGCGAUUCCUCUGUGGGGGUACAUUGAUCCGGAU